CCGAGACGGUCGAAGACCCCUCCAAGACAACCGACGAGGGCCCCAAGGUUGCCUCAGGCAAGCCCCAGGGAGCCCCACAAGGCUUCCAAGAGAGGCCUCAAGAUCCGCAGCCAUCUGGCUCAAACGUGAAACGCCAACGUACGCGCCUCACCGGACUAACUUUUCCUCGAGUCUGCCUUUCUGACAUGCACGCCACGAUGGCCCGGACGGCGCCUGCCCGAGCGUGCUUGCUGAUCCAUCUCCUCGCCCACGGCGUCUUCGGCACGACCGCAGCUGCGGAGGUCGACCCUCAGCAGGACACCGUGCUCCUGCAGCUCGGCACGGACGCCACCAGCUUCGACCUCGGCCGCGUCAGUUCCCCGAAGGGUACCACGGGCACUACGGUUUGGACGUUACUGGCUCGGCAAACGUACCCGUAUUUAUUCAGCAAUGGGGAGUGGUCGAAAAACGCCGGAGAUCCUGGAAAUGACAAUUAUGCCAUUCUGGAUCAACUGGAAACUUUUCGCAGCGGCGACGGGAAGUUCACGUUCAAAUUGAGCUGGCCAGGUUCUGGAUUGCAGGACCAAGUAUGGAAGCAAUCGCUCAACCCAGUUACUUCAGGGCAGCAGUCAACCAGGCCAGUUGCAGGCUAUGAGGCGGUGUCUAUCCAUUACACAACCCGGUCGUGGGGAGGGUUGGAAGGAUCGCAGUACGCGCUCUUGGACGGGAGCGUGGCCAGCGGUGCCUGGUUUUACGCAGUUGGUGCUUUCCAUUACUGGAACGGUGGCAUUCCCGGCCCUGAUCACACUUUAAGUGCCGUGCCCAAAGUCGAGCUCUACGUGGCGGCUUCGCCAACGCCAGCACCAACUCAGGCUGCGACGCAGGCAUGCCCGGCCAACUUCGCGAUCAGUAUUUCGCCUACAAAAUGCAUCUCUUCUCCCCAGCAGACUGACUCAAUUGUGGUGCGGAAUUGCGAUGACGAUGGGCGAGUCCAGCUUGAUUGCCAGGACAUCGAGCAGCAUUGCAGUCAACUGGGAGGGUAUUUGGCAACAGAGAAUGAUUUGGAUAUGUUCCCAUCCGCCCUCCAACAAUUCGGGCAGGGAUGGUGGAUGACACUUUCCAACGGGCUUGAUGAUGCCGAUCUCUUUUAUUACUUCAGUGAUGGUUCAAAGCAAAGCAUGUCACACCGAUUCACAUGUUGCGGCCAUAACAACAGAAAGUUCGCGUGCAUCUACGACCUACCCACGCCGGUACCGACGCUGGCGCCUACGCCGGCACCAACGCCCGCGCCGACGCCUGCACCGACCCCGGUACCGACGCUGGCGCCUACGCCGGCACCAACGCCCGCGCCGACGCCUGCACCGACCCCGGUGCCGACGCCUGCCCCUACGCCAGCCCGUACGCCUGCAGCGAUUGCUGCUGCAGUCGGGGAUCCUCACCUGGUAAAUAUACACGGGGAGCGUUUUGAUCUCCUCAAAGAUGGCAGGCACUUGCUGGUCGAGGUCCCACAGUUUGCAGCGGAGAGCGCGACGCUCCUGGCCGUCGCGGCCGUGGCACAGCGUUGUGGCGACGCAUGCUCGGACGUUUACUUUGUAUCCAUUAAUGUGACCGGUAAGUGGGCGGACGACGUGCGCGAGGGCGGCUUCCAUUACACGGCCAAGCAGCCGCAGGCCCAUCGAAAGGGAACGGGCUGGAUGAGCUUCCACAGCAUUAAAUUGAAGACCGUAUGGGGCCGUACUGGCGGAGGCAUUCCCAACCUGAAUAUGUUUGCCAAGAACUUGGGCAAGUCGGGGUAUCCAGUCGGUGGUUUGCUCGGCGGUGGGGACCAUUCCUCCGUCACCAAUCCCGAUUUGCGCUGCAAGCGCUACCUCGCAUUUUAAGUGGACCCAGGACUCAGGACUCAGGACAGAAAAUUCAUGCGCGAACCAAGCAUGUCCAUCUUUCGUUCAAGUGCCGUGUGGGAGAAGUAAUGCUGGGUUUUUUUAGUUGCGUGGCACUGCAGCCCAAGGUAGCAGCGCAUUUUCACGCAGCAAUGUUCAGCGAGCUGCAGCCCAAGGUAGCAGCUCGUGUACAGUGCUGGCCGCUGCAUCCCCGGCACCUUCUGCUGAGAACACAAGCCAUUGUGGUUCUUUCAGCGCAAGCACGCCAUGAACGCCGUCUGCAGGCGUUUGGCCUCUGACACUCUCGGACGUAAGCGGACUGCGUUCUUGGGAGGUGUGUGGGACUCAUUUUGUCGCCUCAUCCUCGCGAGGUGUGAGGAAAAAAAAAGAGAGAGGCCUCACAGGGUCCGAGGACGCCUCUCAAAGGACGUCUCCCAAGAGAGGCCUCAGAGGGUC